AUUUCUUUACGUUUUUCUUCUUCUUUCAACACCUUUGAUUGUUUUGCACUUUAAUAAUAACAAGCCUUCUUCCAUUCUUUAAACCAUGUCUUAUUACAACAACCAGGACAACUACAACCAGGGCUACCCACAGCAGCAGGGCGGCUACAACCAAGGCUAUGACCAGGGCUACCAGCAGCAGCAGGGUGGCUACAACCAAGGCUAUGACCAGGGCUACCAGCAGCAACAGGGUGGAUACAACCAGGGGUACCAGCAGGGAGGCAGGACCGGCGAUGCCAACCCCUUCGACUUUGACGAAAACAUGUCUGUCGAGGAUAUUACCCGGCAGCUUUCAGGCGGCAGCAUUGACCCUGCUGCGUUGAGCAAUGUCCACGUGAACCAGAACAGCGCUCGCGACCUCGAGGGAUUCGACAUGGCGGGAUUUGAGGAGUUCCAGAACCUUGUCGGCCAGGACGGCGAGUUUAACGAGGAGGGCUCUCGCGGCAUGUUUGGCUUUGGCGGAGGCAACGCCGGCGGCAAGUCCAAGACUAGCCAUCAGCUUCUUGGUGGUGCUGCUGCAUGGGCCGCGCUCAAUUGGUACCAGACCAAAGCCCAGAACGAGGGCAAGAAGGUGAACCAUGGCUUCAUCAAGAAGCUGCUUGUCGCCUUUGCCGCCACCCAGGCUGUCAAGUACUUUGAGAAGAGCAGCCACAACUUCCAGUCUGGCGUCUCCCGCGAUCUUGCCAUUGAGCAGGCCACCAAGGACGCCUCUAUGAUUGCCGAUAUCAAGUUUCCUGACUACGGAACCCACACUUACAAGGCUGUGGCCGGCGGCGAGGCCAGCGGCUUUGACAGCUUCAACCCUGGCAACCAGAGCGGAUACCAGCAGGGCGGAUACCAGCAGGGUGGAUACCAGCAGGGCGGCUAUGGCGGCUACUAAGCGAGUUGUGCUCAGCGAUUUUGGUCUAUAGCUUGGUUUGCUUUUUUUUCGAUUUUGUCUAAUUAAUCAUUUUUGUCCCAUUUU